AUGCGCGUCCUCAGCCUGACGGGCCUGGUCACCCACGCGCUCCUCGUAUCGACAACGACAGCAGCGAAAUGCGCCUCACCGCCCAUCAACCUUCCGUACCGCUCCAUCUCCACGGUCCCAGGAGUCCUUUCUCCUGGUAUCCCGCUACAAAUCGGGUCGCCAUGGCAGUCCAUCGCCAUCGUCCCCUCACUGCAAAUCGACGACACCUUCUUACCGCGCUACACAAAUACUUGCAUUUACGACACCCCAAUUAAUACUACAUCUACGCAACCGCAGACAAAUCGUACGAUACAAAGUCAUGUGGCGCUUACGGACCUGCAUGCGCGCGAUGCCUCGCCUGGAAGUUUCUCCACCCUCAAUGAAAAUGGUGCAGGAAUCGGCGAAGACUGGUUCACCCGCUGCGCGCAAACCUACGGCGGCGCUUACCAACCCAGCCUCUCACCCAGCUUUCAGGAAAACCGCACGAAUAAUCAAGCAUUCCAUUUCUUCACCGACAUAUGGCGCUUUGGGGACUAUGCCGACGCGUACGCGACCACAAACGAUGCCCUACCCCUUCGCAAGAACCUCUCCUCCUCCUUUCAAAUAGCAGAAGAAGGAAAAACAUUUAGCGGGUAUGGCAGCGCGCUACUCGGACUAACGCCUAACUCCACCAUUUUGAAUGCGUUAAGGCAGGCAGACAUGAUACCCAGCACUUCCUGGUCCCUCACAAACGACUCGCUGUGUCUAGGCUGCGAAGAUCGCGCCGCGAGUACAGGGGCGUGGCAUACCUUUCACCCUUCAAACCGCUAUGUGAACCCCGACCUACCAUGCCUGAUCAAAGCGAAGGUCGAGGCGCUGAAUUGGCGUCCAAGGGAGCAUGGGGUGGAGGGCGCGACGCUCAUACAGGAAACGUUUACCGCAUGCGUUGAUCCGGGGGUACAAUUUUUGGUCCUGCCUACCAAUGCGACGAGCGCGUUUGAGAAGAUUGUAGGGGGAAAUGUGAGCGCAGAGUAUGAUGAUUAUACUGUAUUUGAAGGGUCGGGCGGGAAUGAUACGGGUGUGCUGACGUUCCGUAUUGAGGGAGGCCUGGAGGUUAAUGUGACUAUUCCUGGACCUGGGGAUGUCGCCCCGGAAAAGGAAGGAGAGUGGACGGUGCCGGUUGGCAAGGGUGGCUGGGGCGCGUAUGGGAAUCAGACGUGGGUAUUGGGGAAGGUGUUUACGGACCGUGUGGUGUUGAGGUGGGAUGGUGAGCAGCAAGAGUAUGGGAUUGCCAAUAGGAACACUAAUCCCGCAGCUAAAAUUGACUUGCAGCCACUUGGAUGCGACGAGUUUCUUAAACUCGAGAAGAGUAUCACCUUAACACCGGGCACGGGUAUCUUGGUUGGUUCCGUCGUCGGCGGCUUCAUAGGCGGGCUGGCUUUUGCAUUUGCAGGCUUCUGGUUUUUCAAGUGGGGCCAGAAGGGUGUGAGGUCGAAGUACGCACAGUUGGACGAGGACACCGUGCCUAUGUGUACAAUGUCGCAUGGGAGGGACAGCACCGCCGGAGCGCUCAGCCCACCGCCACCGAGUAUACACGAGAGUCUAAGAUCACAGCGGUUGAGGGAUACGCGACCAGGAGCGCAGAGUGGACGGGGUUUUGAAAUUGCUGAUGGCCAGAUGUUUGAGGCUCCCGAAGGCGGUACAAUAUAUCCCACUAAGAGAGGACGAAAUGAGAUGUGA